UUUUGCAUGCUCUGUUGUUGCAUUUAAGUUAAAAAUAAAUUUGCUGUUGUAGACGGUAGUUACUGUCGGGUGCCUCGUAAAGGAUGGCAACAUUCGCCGAAAAAAUGAGUACUUUCGUAACAAGAGCUAAUAUGUUCUUCACGAAGACCGACAUGUGUGUAAUAUUUUUCGAACCUCUCCUUCCAUAUCAAAUACUUCUGCACUGGAAUUCAUACUUUAUGGCUUUCUUUGUAGUGUGCGAAAUAGGAACGACGGCGCUAAAAAUUCUUUCCCUCCCGUGCCCACCAGAUUAUCUUUACACAAACUUGUUAGUUAUAGUGUUUUUGACUAUUACCGAAACAGGGAGGCUGUACAUGGCAAUGAAAGGAAAUCUAGGGGAAGAUGAUUUUAAGUCAGUUAUUUGUUCGUUAUUUUUGUGUCCAUUUUCUGUUCUUGGAACAGUUUAUUUGUUAACAUGGCAAGUUUAUGUUUUGAGACUAGAUUUUAUAAUAUGCGUCAUGGCACUUUCAAUGCAAUCUCUUGGAGCUUUGUGUGGUUUGUAUACGCUUUGGAUAAUGUACAGAGACGCUUUCUGCUGGUACUGAGAACAUAUGAUCUCCUUUAUUAUGCUGGAUUAUCCAUAUAUUCCCCACAAUUCGUUCAGUACCGGGAAAAUGAAUGUGCUGAAAAGAUUUAUUCAGAAGCUACAAGCUAGAAUACAAUUGUACUCACAUACAGAAAAAUUACAGACUGUUAAUUAGUGCAGUGGGGUUGAUAACACAGAAUGUUAUUGUUAAUAUGGUCUCAGUGCUUGAACUGUAAAGUACAUGUAGGAGCCUGUCAUUCUUGAAGUAUGCGCUUCUUGUAAGAAAGUGUUUAGGCCUAUCUGUUUUAUGUGAGUUGUAGAUAUAUUGUACAGAGA